GGACCUUCCGGCUUUCCGUCCGCCGCGGCGGUCAUUGGCGGGCGCCAGCCAGCUGACCAGCGCCGACGUGCGGGGGAGGCUCCAGAAUGGCGGCGUCCGCAGCGCUGAUCCUCCCGGAGAGCCCCAGCAUGAAAAAAGCAGUGUCGCUGAUAAAUGCAAUAGAUAUAGGAAGAUUUCCACGAUUGCUCACCCGAAUUCUUCAAAAACUUCAUCUGAAGGCUGAGAAUAGUUUCAGUGAAGAAGAGGAAGAAAAACUUCAAGCUGCAUUUUCUCUAGAAAAACAGGAUCUUCACCUGGUUCUUGAAACAAUAUCAUUCAUUUUAGAGCAGGCAGUAUAUCAUAAUGUGAAGCCAGCAGCUUUGCAGCAGCAGUUACAGAACAUUCACCUUGAAGAAGACAAAGCAGAAGCAUUUGUCAGUGCCUGGUCUUCUAUGGGUCAAGAAACAGUUGAAAAAUUCAGGCAGAGGAUUCUUGCUCCCUACAAGCUAGAGACAGUCGGAUGGCAGCUUAACCUUCAGAUGGCCCACUCUGCUCAAGCAAAACUAAAAUCUCCUCAGGUUGUGUUACAACUAGGAGUGAGCAGUGAAGAUUCAAAGAGCCUGGAGAAAGUUCUUAUGGAAUUCAGUCACAAGGAGUUGUUUGACUUCUAUAACAAGCUAGAGACCAUACAAGCACAGCUGGAUUCCCUUACAUGAUGUGCAAGACUGGUGACUCCAUCACACGCCUGCCACCUCAUCAUUUUGCAUUGAAGAUAAACUGCCAGGUUGUGUUUUCUGAAGGAUUCAGUAAGCUUUCUUCUUAUAAAUUAUAUGGCUGUUGCUUCUUAGACAAACAAUAGCCAGGGGAGACCAUUGUUCUGAAAACAGGUUCUAAUAUAUGUUUUCUAGUUCUGUGAGCCAAGAGCACUUUUGCUUUAAAAGAUAUGCACCUGAAGUGCAUACCAUAUUUACUGUCCUAUUUUUGCCUUAUUGCCUCACCUGUUUAUUUGUUACAUACCUGACAACACCUUUAUGUAUCAAGGAGAGUCCAUGGAUACCCUGUGUAAUGUGUACCUUAGAAUACAGAACAUCAGUAAUUAAUAAAAGUAAGAAAGCAGCCACAUGCAAUCACAUCAUUAUGACAGUUUUCCUUAAGUAUAAUGAGUAUAUUUUUCUUGGGAAAUAAUAUAGGAAAGAACUUUUAAAUAGACCCACUAGUAGUAUACCAGUUUAUUCUAGUAUGAGUUUCUCUGUGCACUUUAAUUUUUCUCUGAGUUUAAUGAUUUAAAAGUAGUCCAGGUUUUUGUGUGCUUUUCUUUGUUCUGCACAUUAAUAAUGACUUACUUUAUAGUGUGGGAGACAGAUUCAGAUCAUGAAUAAAAAUAACUAUAAUGCAUGCUAAAUGGGAACCCUUAAAAUUUCAAAAGAUACUUUUUAUAUUCUUUCUGUAAAUACAUUAAUUUCAGUCAAUAAAAUUUUGACUGCUUAGAAUUAGUUGAACUGAAAUGCAUGGUAUUUCAUGCUAUGAAUAUAUAAAAAUGCAAGUAUAGUUGCCUCUAAGAAAAUAUCAAUUGAAUUUUUUAUGAAUGAAGUAUCUGUCCUAUAUUGUUUCCAGAGAAUCCGAGGAGGGAGGGAAGGACAAAGGGAAGUAGCGGGUAAGAAGGAGAUGCUGGGGACUUGGCAGGGGUGACAGGAUGGGAGAGAUUGAUUCAUUCAAACCUGACUUUCUUCAUAUGAAGGAAUUUGAUUUUAGAAAUGUCCUGUAGUUAAUAAACAGGGCCAUUACAAUCAAAUCAUACUCCUUUUGUGAGGUAUCUGAGUAAUAAUGCAAGUUGUUGAAUAUCUCCCAAAUAAAUGUUUUAUAUAUGGAAUUUCUUCCUUGACUUACUUGUAUGUUAUUUAGACAGAUUGGGAGUUUGGAUUAUUUCAGAAAAGUAAAUAUUGUAGUUGCUGUCCAUAAUUGAUUUGAAAAGUUUUAAACUCAAAUUUCCAUUGAUAAGAUAUCUGGAAGACAUGUUUAUACUACAGUGGGAUUUGUUUCUGUAUGUGGCUUGUGGGAUAUAAUUUUUUUAUGCUCUAUUCUGCUGGUCUCCAGAGGCAACAACCUGACUGCUGUAAACAUUUUGCUAUAUAUUCUUUUCAACUUCUUAUGUACAAAUAAACAUAUACAUCAUCUCAAGUUGAAUUUGUUAGGCCUUCCUGACAGUGACCAUAGGGAUAGGUGAAGUUUUCAUUGAUUUAAUGGCCAACUUGAAUCCCCAUGUAGGUAUCUAAAUUAAAUGUGACAGUUCCAAGUGAAAUUUUCUAUUAGUAGGUCAUUUUAUACUCCCUAAAAGAGCUGGUCUUAUACUCAGACAUAUCUAAACCUAUUCAAAAAAAUGUGGUAAAUAGUUUUCUCUCCAUUAGUCUAGUUCGAGAAAGUCUGACCAAAGGCAUUGAAGAAGGGAAAUGUAAAAGGUUUAAUUCCAACUAAGAACAUAAUUAUUCCUGAAAUAUAUUAAAUUGCAGUUCGUUUUAUUCCAUAAGGCACCAUCAUUAUUAUGACACACAAGUCAAGAAAAUAUCAUUCCUAAAGAGAUUAAAUACUCUUUCAUAUGUUACUUUUUCAUAGAAAUAAAAUGGGUAGAGGGAUAAGUGGGUACUGGCACCUCCUAUCAAUAAAUAUGUCUUGUAUGAAUAUUUGACAUGAGGAUUGAAUAAAAAUAGAAUUACUUGCUAGAAAGGAACGAAUGCACUAUUUUUGUACAUACUACAAAUAAUAUCUACAAUUAUCUAGUUAUAAAAUAUUAUUUUUCAUUAGAAAGUACAAAAUAUCAUAAAGAAGUAACCUAAAAUUAUAGAAUCCCUCAUCCAGAAGUGGCUAUUAACAUUUUGGUAGAUUUUAUUGAAGUUUUUAUUUCUAUCCAUGUAUCUUUCUUUUUUCUCCUUUUUUUCUUACUUUCCUAAUAAAUUGGAGUUAAUGCCAUAAA